AUGAGUUUCGGAUUUGGCGUUGGCGAUUUCAUCGCCGUAUCGAAACUCGCGAAUGCAGUGCGGAAGCAGUUUAAUGAUGCGCCGGGGCAGCUCCAAGUCAUACGCGACGACGUCAAGCGACUAUCGAAUAUCCUUCGAGACAUUGACGACCAUGAGCCGGCAGACAACCUCGAUGAUCAACAGCAGAAGACGCUAAACGAAAUCUCACAGGGCUGCUGCGAUGUGUUACAAGAUUUGAUUAAGACGGUCGCUAGAUACGAUGGCCUCUUAACCGAUACAAGGGUCGGACCACGGCCGGGACUCAGAAAAGCAGGCCGACGAGUGUGGAACAGGUUGACAUGGGACCAGGCGGAGAUUGAUUCGUUUCGGCGGCGGAUCGAUACAAACAUCAAUGCAUUUGGACUGUUUUUGACGGAGUGUAAUCGCCAGCUAAGCCGCGAAACGAAGGACAUUGUGACCGUCACUCAACACGGCGUCAACCAGCUCGUUCAGCAUCAAGACGAACAGCGGCGACGGGAGAUCCUGAAUUGGCUGUCGCCAACUACACAUGAAGCUAAACAAGCGGAUUUCUUCGGGCGGGUGCAGCCGGGGACUGGGAGCUGGCUGCUUGAGUCCGACGAGUUCGGGAAAUGGAUGGCGCAGGACGAGGAGACUCCGACAGAUCAACGUAGCUUGUUCUGCCCCGGGCUUCCUGGUGCUGGAAAGACAUUUUUAACGUCCAUUGUGAUAAAUGAAAUACAGAAUAUCCUGGCACAGGAAAGGAUCGCGCUUGGUUUCUUUUACUGCAACUUCCGGGAGCAGACCACGCUGCUUGAGAUUCUGUCGAUCCUGGUUAGACAGGUGCUUCAACAGCAGCCAGACAUUCCGGGAUUUCUUGAGACGACGUACCAAAAGCAUCUGGACAUGGGGACGUCGCUCACGGUGGACGAAUGUCUGGCUACCCUUGACUCUGCACUGGCAAAGCUUCCAACGACGUUCGUUGUCCUGGACGCACUAGACGAGUGUUAUCUUCCACCCGGACAACGGAAGAAACUGCUUCUUGAGCUGUUCGGUCUGCAGAAAACCCGGAACCUAGGGCUAUUUGUAACAUCAAGGGACUAUCCAGACAUCAGUGCGCUUUUCGAAGGGAAACCGAACCUCCGAAUCCGAGCCAGUGCAGCAGACGUCGAACGCUUUCUUAGAGGCCAAUUGGACAAUCUUCCAAGAGUUAUGCAGCAGAGGGAAGACCUGCAGCAGGAGGUUAUCAGUGCAAUUGCCGCGUUCCUCCUAGCCCGACUGCAUAUCGAUUCAAUCCAAGGAAAACGCUCAGUAAAGCAGGUGCGAGAAAGCCUCAAGACUUUACCAUCCGGCCUCGAUGCAGCAUACGAAGACGCCUGGAGCCGCAUAGAGAACCAACUUCCGGACGAAGUGCAGACGGCAAAGGAAGUCCUUUCGUGGAUCUCCUGCGCAACUCGUCCUCUGACUACACGUGAACUACAGCACGGUCUUGCCAUUGAGGAUAACCAGCCUUACCUGGAUGAAGACAACAUCCCGGAGAUUGAGGAUCUGAUUGCCGUCUGCGGUGGGCUCGUGAUAGUUGACCAGCAGGAACUUGUAGUGAAAUUGGUGCACUACACGACCCAGGAGUACUUCGAGCGCAACCAGGUUCGUAUACUCCCCCAUGCACACCGUGAUAUUGGUAGCAAGUGCGUCCACUACUUGUGCUUUGACGCCUUCAAGAGCGGCACUCUGUGGAAGUUCGAGGAUUUUGAUGCCAGGCUCAGAGAGUAUCCCCUAUUUGAGUACUCAGCUGAGAACUGGGCAUCCCAUUCCCGGAAGCACAAUUCAGACAUGAAACUAAUUUUAAAACUGCUCAGGAAGCCGGGUAACGUAGACGCCUGCUUCCAGGUCAUUUUACCACGGGGUAAGAGGUGGUAUGUGAAACAGAACUGGGAAAGUCUUUCCCGGGACUUUCAGGCUGGAGUACGUGGCGUGCAUCUGGCUGCAUGCGUUGGACUGGUCGAGGCGUGCAGAGCCCUAAUCCGCGAAGAUGAGAUGGGCAAUGUCGACCCCAAGACCGACCAUGGACAGACCCCGCUAUGGUUUGCAGCAACAUACGGAUUUCCAGAUCUGGUGCAGGACCUUCUCAACCAGGGCUCCUUUAUAGAAAACCGAGAGAAACUGAGAGAAACUACUCCGCUGUAUGCUGCCGUGCUGCGGGGCCAUGAAGAAGUGUUUAAUGUUCUUGCCAAUGCCGGCGCCGACCUCGAGGCCAGGACAAAGUACAAAGGGAGUCCCAUUGGGAUCGCGGCAGAGACGGGAAACGAGAGGAUGAUGAAGCUCCUUCUAGCCCGAGGGGCAAAUGCGGACAUUAAGAUCGAAAACGGCCUAACACCGCUACAACGCGCCGCAAUGGGCGGGCACGAUGCAGUAUUCAAGCUACUCGUGGGAGCGACUGGCAUGGACAAAGUCCGCUCCAGCCGACGCGACCUGUUAGACUAUGCCGGAAUAGGUGGAAACGAGUCAAUUGCCAGAUUCAUCCUAGACGAUGAAGGAUUCCCACCCAAUGAGAAAGCCAGGUGUGCUCAGCAUGCCCUCCAUGUUGCCGCGGUAUACGGGAGUGAGAACAUAUGCCGAAUCCUCCUCUGUGUCGACGGCGUAAGCGUGGAAGAAAAGUAUGCCAAUGGCAGAUCUAUUCUCUCGGUCGCCGUCGUUGCAUGGAAAAAGAGCGCAAGGCUAAUCAAGCUCCUUCUCGACACAUACAAGGCAAACCCCAACGUUAAGGACGACGACGGCCGCAGCGCGUUGUCGUAUGCGGCCGUCGACUACGACCAGGUCGAACAUAUCAUCCAGAUACUGGUUAACGCGGACGGAGUUGAUAUCAAUAGCAGAGACAAUGAAGGUCACACCCCGCUGCACUAUGCAAUCUCUUCUGUUCUGCGGGUGGGCAAUGAAUCGUACACGGCGCAGCGGAAAUUCAAGAGAUUCGUGAGAAUUCUUCUGGAAGGAGGCGCUGAUGUAGACGUUGGCGACAACACCGGUCGGACCCCGCUGUCCCAUGCAGUGGAUCCCAAGCUGGAGGAAGGCAAAUCUCAUAAUCCCAAGAAGUUAAGAGAUGUGAUCAGAAUCUUACUUGCCAGCGGGGCGAACCCGGUCAAGAAGGAUGACCAUGGUUUGACGCCGCUUUCACGGGCAGAGAUGCGCCUUCCUGCAGGGCAUGAAGCGUUGAUUCUCUUGCAGGAAGCUGCGCUCCACUCCACCCUCAACCAGCUGCAUAUCAAGUCAGUUCAGUAA